CCCCCCCCCCUCGCAGACGCCCAGGCCACGCAGCUCCCUCCGCGGGGCCGACCUCCGCGGUGCAGCGAUGGCCGAAGGCGGGGCGCCCGAAGUCCUGCGCCUCAACGUGGGCGGCUGCGUGUACGCCGCCCGGCGCCGGUCCCUGUGCCGCUUCGAGCACUCCAUGCUGGCCUCCAUGUUCAGUGGUCGCUUUCCUCUCAAAACGGACGAAUCAGGGGCUUGUGUCAUUGAGCGUGAUGGAUACCUGUUUAAAUAUCUUCUGGAUUAUCUUCAUGGAGAGGUUCGAAUUCCUGAAGAUGAGCAGACUCGUGUCGCCCUGCAGGAGGAGGCUGAUUACUUUGGCAUCCCCUAUCCCGACAGCCUGUCAGACCACUUGGCCACUGAAAUGGAGACAUACUCUUUAAGGUCAAAUAUAGAACUUAAAAAGGCCUUGGCAGACUUCUGUGACUCAUAUGGCCUGGUCUGCAGUGAGCCCUCAGUCUGGGUUCUGCACUACCUCAGCACAUCAGGCACCAGCUGCGAGAGCAGGGUCAUUGGCGUGUACGCCACGAGGGCCGACGGCAUGGAUGCCAUAGAGCGGCAGCUGGGUGGCAGGAUCCACAGCAGGAGCAUCUUCAGGAGAGAGGCGGGAAAUAACGUUCAGUACAUUUGGAGCUAUUACUCAGUGGCGGAGUUGAAGAAAAUGAUGGAUGCCUUUGAUGCAUGGGAAGGAAAAGGUGUCAGCUACUGGCGGGUGCCCCACGAGCUGGUGGAGUGCUGGACCCUGGAGCAGCGGCCACUGCUCGGGAGUGUGCGCCACGCCAUCCCUCUCCGCAAGAGGUGCCGGGAUCACAGGGGGACCUCGGGUGCGGAGGAGGGAGGCGGUGUGAGUGGCAGGCCCAGGCCCCAGCCUGUGCGACACUCAGGCCCCUCUACUAGUACCCAGAUCACCGUGCGCAACUCUGCCUCCAUCCAGCUGGCUCCGGCCAGUACUGGCUCCAGCCCUGUGCAGGUGACGGCCACAUGGGCUCGGCGCAGUGGCCAUGGAAGGGCAGCCCAGAGCCCUGCAUCCUCUGCGGGCAUGGAGACUGCCCAGCAUCUCCACUUUCCUUAUGAGGCUGGGAGCCCUGAAAACGGGGCCGCACCCCCUCCACCUGCACAGGCGCCACCAUGUUCGGACAAAAACAGGAGAGCCAUACCCCACCGGGUGAUAAAGCUGAGGAGGACCCCACUGUGUGCAGCCCCCACCCCACCCCUGGUGGAAGCCACCAGCACCUUGGGGGUGCAGACUGGAAGUGGUAGCGGCCAGGCCGAUGGCCAAGAGGGCUAAAGACGUGUCCAGAUGAUGCUUGCGGCUCAGCUGUGGGACCUGCAGGAGGCCGGCUCAGGCAGGAGCAGGCAGUGACAGGAAGUGGGUGGAGUGACGAGGGCGACUGCAGGGCAAUUGUCUCUGUCUCCUGGUUUUGAAAGGAUUGUUUUUCUAUGGCAGUUAGAUGUCCUGGUUUUCACUGUUCUGAACUUUAUUUGUGUGUUGGUAGCGAGGCAUGUUGUUGCUAAAAUACAGAGUAGCGUGGAUGGGGCUUCCGUGUCAUACUAGUGCCGGGAGCCGCCUCCCCCAGGUGAGAUGAUGGGGUGUCCCUGCUUCCUGCUGGUGGUGGUGGGCAGCGCCAGGGCCAGCACCUGCCUGCAUGUGGCGCAAGCAGCCUGCCUCCGCGAGCAGGCCCAGCAUCGCCCAGCAUGGGCUGUGCCUGCACUCCUUGUUAGCAGGCAGUGGGUUUGGGACCAAGGUCUCCAAUACGGGUUUUAACCAGAAGAGGGAAGUUUUGACCAUACUUGAAAAAAAGUUUAAAAUGUUUAGCUUUUUAUCUAAAGUUAAUAUUUGUUUUUUAGAGUUGACUACU